CCACCUGUGGGGCUGCUCCCCUCCUCAGAGAGGGGAAUGGGGCUGGUCAGAGGACCCAGGGAUCACCCUUUCACUUUUUUCCCCCACCCCCAUGUCAGGCUCAGGUGAGAAGCCGAGGCCAGGCUGUCCAAAGCUCUUUUCAUGUGUAACAGUCCUGAGUCCCUUGACCUCCCCUUGGCCCAACUCUGGCCUUGGUUCCACUAAGGCAGAGUCCUCUUGUCUCUUCCUACCAUCCCCCACUGGACUGUGUCUCUCAGAAACCCCAGGCAGCCUUGCCUCCUGACCUAAUUCCUGGAGAUGCUGGUGUUCCUGGGAGGAAUUUCCCCUGCAUCUUACGUGCUAGAAGCCCCUGGGGCAAGAGGUAGGGGGAGGAAUUGAGAGGAGGAAAAAUGUGAACUGGAUACCUAGAGAAGAAGGAUGUGACUUGUAGUCUCCUAUGUCUAAAUUAGGAAUAUGAAUCUGGUUUUUCUACAAGAAACUUGAGAUCACAGCUGACUGUGUUCCUGAUGCAUCCACUAAACCUAGUUCCAUCUGUGGGCCUCCCUGGCUCUGUCACCAGCCCUUGCACCCUCCUGAUCACAGGAGUCACAAACCUCAGACGUGCAGCUCCUGUCCACACUUAAUGUAUGCAUGCACAUUGGAUCACCCAGCCCUGGUCUUUCUGCUUCCAUGGAUAACUGCAUGACCCUGAGAGGGAACCUCCUUAGAUUUAGCAUCCUAGGUUCCUCACACGCCUCACCCUGAAACCUGGCCCUCCCGCAGCCCCAGCACCAUUUGUCCCAUCAGUGACCAGAUUCAUAUUCUGGUGUAGCCUCUGUUGCCGGAGCCAGUGCUGAACCAGUCCGCCUCUUCCCCGGGAAGUGCCCACCCUUCCCUCCUGUUAGGGUUGGCUCUCGAGCUUGUGUACCAGUUCCUGGGUUGGCCGUUUGAGAGUUCUACAGACAAGGGGGAAGUGCGCUCGGUGUAUUUCCUGUGGUGGGUGUACAUGCAGCUAGACACAGCUAACUUGAGUCUUGGAGCUCCUAGAGGGGAGCUUCUGGAAAGGAAGCUUCUUCAGGACCUCUCGGAAGCCAGUGUGAAGGUGAAGGAGGAAGCAGAUGCCUGUUCAUAUGGAAACAAAGACCUGGCUGUGAAGAGGGAAGGUGAACACCAAAGUCCUGACACUUGGAUGGGGCAGAAUUGAUCUAGAAGAGGACAUUGUCACAGAUAAAGAGCCAGCUCACCAGCUCCUGACACAUGCAUCGUGACCAUGAGACACAACUGGACACCAGACCUCAGCUUCUUGUGGGUCCUGCUGUGUGCCCACAUCAUCACUCUUCUGGUCAGAGCCACACCUGUCUCGCAGACCACCACAGCUGCAACUGCCUCAUCUAGAAGCACAAAGGACCCCUGCCCCUCCCAGCCCCCAGUGUUCCCAGCAGCUAAGCAGUGUCCAGCAUUGGAAGUGACCUGGCCAGAGGUGGAAAUGCCACUGAAUGGAACGCUGACCUUAUCCUGUACGGCCUGCAGCCGCUUCCCCAACUUCAGCAUGCUCUACUGGCUGGGCAAUGGUUCCUUCAUUGAGCACCUCCCAGGCCAGCUGUGGGAGGGGAGCACCAGCCGGGAACAUGGGAGCACAGGUACGCGGCUGUACAAGGCCUUGGUGCUGGAGCAGCUGACCCCUGCGCUGCACAGCACCAACUUCUCCUGUGUGCUCAUGGACCCCGCACAGGUUGUCCAGCGUCACGUCAUCCUGGCCCAGCUCUGGGCUGGGCUGAGGACAACCUUGCCCCCCACCCAAGAAGCCCUGCCCUCCAGCCACAGCACAGGGCCACAGCAGCCCACAGCAGCAGGGUUAAGACUCAGCACAGGGCCAGCAGCAGCACGACCUUGACCAGAGCCUGGGUCCUACCCGUCUACCUGAAGUCAACAGUCCCUGACUGCCUGCAGGCUGUGUGGGCGAGCAACGCGCCCCCUCCUCCUCUGCUUUGGGUCCCUUCUCUCACCAAAUUCCAACUCCAUUCCCACCUACCUGGAAAAUCGCAGCCUCCUUAUAAUAAUGCCUCCUUCUCCUCCUGCCAUUUUCUACCUACCCAUUAGCUUUCCUAACGUCCUACUCCUCACACUGCUCUACUGCUCAGAAACCACCAAGACUGUUGAUGCCUUAGCCUUGCACUCCAGGGCCCUACCUACAUUUCCCACAUGACUUUCCGGAUGCCUCCAACUAUUCUUGCUUUCCCCAGACAGCUCCCACUCCCAUGUCUCUGCUCAUUUAGUCCCGUCUUCCUCACCAUCCCAGCAGGGGAACUCUGAAGCCUGGUUGAAACGCCACCUCUUCAAUGAAGUUACCCUUGUUCAGCUCUGGCCACAUUCUGCAGACUUCAUGUCUUCUUGCUGUAUGUUGUUUUUUUGUUGUUUUCCUUCACUCUAAUGGACUGAUCCAGGGAAGGGAUGGGGGCAGUGGCUGCUUCGGCUCCACACUGUAUCUGUGUCAUCCCCACAUGGGUCCUCAUAAAGGAUUAUUCAAUAGAGGCA